AUGCCUCUGGUGAAGAGGAACAUUGAACCUCGUCACCUGUGCCGUGGCGCUCUUCCUGAUGGGGUGACCAGCGAGCUGGAAUGUGUGACCAACAGCACCUUGGCUGCCAUCAUCAAGCAGCUGGGUAGCCUCAGCAGACAUGCUGAAGACAUAUUUGGAGAACUGUUCAAUGAAGCCAAUAGUUUCUAUUUGCGGAUGAACUCCCUGCAGGAGAGGGUGGAUCUUCUGGUGAUCAAGGUCACUCAGUUGGACUCGACGGUGGAGGAAGUUUCACUGCAAGACAUCAACAUGCGGAAAGCGUUCAAGAGCUCAACGGUGCAGAACCAGCAGGUGGUCUCUCGGAACUCCAUCCCUAACCCCGUGAUGGAGAUGUACCAACGCUGUGACAAGCCGCCACCGCUCAACAUCCUCACGGCAUACAGGGAUGACAAGAAAGAUGGCCUCAAAUUCUACACCGACCCUUCAUAUUUCUUCAACUUGUGGAAGGAGAAGAUGCUGCAGGCGACUGAGGACAAGAGAAAGGAGAAACGCAGGCAGAAGGAGCAGCGAUUAGUGGAAGAUUCCACCCGGGAGGUGAAGAAAGUGAGAAAAGCCCGCAACCGGCGCCUGGAGUGGAACAUGAUGGCAUAUGAUAAAGAAUUCCGGCCCGAUAACAGGUUCUCACCAUCCCCAUAUCACAUGGCCUCAUCGGAAGGAUCACUGUCCCCAGAUAAUAGAUCUUAUGCGUCAGAUGCAGCUGAUCACUCAUACCCGGCCAGUCCUAACCACCCUGCACAGCAGAUAUUAGCUCCAGCCUCACACCUGUCAACAGACAACAAAGAGAUCAUCCUGGUCGCUAACCAGGCCCAGGAACAUGUCUACAGGCCCUCAGCAGCAGGAAGCCGUCAGAACAGUCUCAACCGAGUCCAGCAGCCCCAUGUGCCGCAGCAUCCAGAGACUAUAUUGAAUGGACCAAGACCUCAGAUAGUCAAGGAGUAUGGUCCCCAGCAGAUGCCCCUGGCAGAAUACUUUGUGCCUCCUGCUCCUCCGCCCCCGCCCCCUGUGAUACCCUCUGCUCAGACUGCCUUCGACAGCCCCAUCUCAGCACCUCCUGCCAUGGCGCCCAGCGCUGCAGCCUCCGUGGCUCACUCGUCAUAUGCACCUUCCCCGCCUCCAGCUCCGCCCUGCCCAUAUUCUGCUUCCCCCCCUCAGACUGGCCCGAUGGGGCCCCCCGUCGCACCUCCCCCACCUCCACCCGGUCCUCCAACAGUCGCUGCCUCGCCGGCUCACUCGGCAUCGCCCCCGGCAGCGGCGGCGGUUGAACCUCGGAAACCUCAGAUCCCUCUGAUACCAAUGAGCGAUGCCAGGAGCGACCUGCUUGCUGCGAUUCGGAGGGGAAUUCAACUCCGGAAAGUCCAGGAACAGUGGGAGCAAGAGGCGAAGAAGGAACCAGUUGGCAAUGAUGUAGCCACUAUCCUGUCCCGCAGGAUUGCAGUGGAGUACAGUGAAUCUGACGAUGACUCGGAACUGGACGACAAUGAGUGGUCAGAUUAA